UUUUCGGUUUAAUGCUUUUGACUCGCGGUGCCCGGCCCGCCAACCUACACCUUCUGGUGUGCUUUUGUUUCACAUUAUUUUUUCGCUCUUUGCCGCUUCUGCUGCGGCUUUUUUUUUUCAUUACCGCGUACCUUCUCCACCCGAGGAGCGCCAUCACGCGGACCCUGCGGUACAUAAGCCACUUAAAUAGUUUUUUAGUUGUUCGUUUGUUGUCAAGGAUACUACACAUCGCGGUUACCGAAGUAACGCAAAAUACAAAACAGUUCUAGUCGGUUCGUCCGCCCGUUCGCAAGGAUCUAGCUGGCUGGCUGGGCUGGUUGGCUCGUAUAUCGUGUGUUUGCCUCUCUAUAUCGUGUGCUGCUAGCGUGUGGCAAGUGUUUAGAUACCCUUCCUCUCCUGUCCGUCGCGACGACGUUGAGCCGUGUGUAUCCUGCCAUAAGGCUUGAUCCUUACAGCCCUUCCCCCUCGGAGGUGGUGGCACUGGUGGUGCUGGUAAGGUGGCUACGGGGGGACGUUGUACCAGCACAACACCCUUCGAACUCUCGGGACCCGCGCCAGAAAUCCCCGUGUCGUCAGCAGUGUGCCGUGCAGUGAGCGAACGAACGAGUGAGUGAGUGGGAGACUUUAAACCGCCGCCGAGCUCAUGACCAAUAAUCAUUUGAUUUUGUGAAUUACCAAGAUUUGGUUCGGAUUCCAGCUUUAAAGGAUAACGAGCGCUCAGCGGAGCCACACACGCCGCCAGGACGAACCAGGAUCACUGGUUGCGGUAUGCUUGCUGAACCGUCCGCCUGACGGACGACGACCACUUGGCAUUUCUGCGGUGGACCUCAGUGUUCAGUAGCAUGUGAAGCAGUGCUCUUCGAUUCGGUUGUGUUGAGUUUUAUUGCAAUUUAUGUUCUUUUCAGUUCCAGUUUGUUUUUUUUUCGAAAAAAAUAUUUGAUGUUUAAAAAAAUAUACAGAAGUUUUAAAAAGUCAUCUUGCGAAGAAAAGUAAAGAAAAAGUGAUUGCAAAAAAGUGGUCGAAACUUGCCCAAAACGACGAAGUGAACCUAAGUGAGCUCCAAUAAAGAACGAUCACCAGAACAAACAAAAUCCUAGGUCACGGUGCUAUGAUUUCAUCCGCCGUAAAAUGGCGCCACAAAACUCUACGCUAAUUCACGGAAACGCCGAAGCAACCUCACCCGUCUCCGCCGAAGCCGAGGAGCUCAGCAGCUACAGCCCUAUUCUACCGGCGGCAGCAAGGGCGAGUCACCGACGGCGUGCAUCACCCGGUUCCAGUUCCAGUACUGAUGAGCCAGCACCGCCACCACCUCCGCCACCGAACGUCACGAAAUCGAUCGCUUCCUUCGGGCCGUACGGUGGCUUCAGGUCGGAAGCACUGCUCGGUUGUUCUUCCCGAGGAACCAAACCCGGAACCCACCCCGCCGAGGGUACCGAAAAGGGCGCGGUAAAACGUGACUCGAGGAACCCAAUUACCUACUACCGUGAUUCGGCGAACGACACCGAUGAGGAAGAAAUACCCAUGGCGGAGCUGGGAAGUGUCAACGCAGACGACGGGGCAGUAUCCGAAGAUGAAAUCGAGAUCCCGAUAUGGAUUCGUGGUGAACCACGCUUCGUGGCAGGAAUCAAUGAUGCUACGACGUGCAACAAUAUCAUCCAAGCGCUGAUAGACGACGAACUGCAGAACGGGAACUACAAGCAAGCAGAUAUCGCAGUGUCACGUGAUGUCAGCGAUUAUGUGAUAACGGAACGCUGGCGUGAGGUAGAACAAGUACUGGCUGGCGACACACGAAUACUCUCGAUUUGGACCGCAUGGGGCGACGCCAAGAAUGAGGUUCAAUUUCGUCUGAAAAUCAAUAAAGCCAACCUGGAAAGCGCCAAAUCGAACAAGGAUUCCAAAUCAAAAAAGCAGAAGGAAAAAAUCGGUCUUAUAAAUCGAAUGAUGAGGAAAGUGCUCAAGCAAGGCGAGGCUAUCCAAAACCACCUGUCGAUGAUGAGCCAAAAAUCUACCGAAAAGCGCAACCAGGAGAAAUUCCGCAAAUACGUUAAAAAGCACUGCGGCAAAACAGUUAUCAUGGAGAAUUUUCUGGAAGAUGCGACCACGUUGUACGACAUUACCAAUCCCAGUGACGAAAGCGGCGAACAGUGCAAAUGCAAUGAUAAAUCACGUCGUAGUACAUUCCCGAGCAAACUAUUCGCCACGAAAAAAUACAAAGAACCCAAAGUGCUCAAACCCAAAUAUUACGAAUCGUCCGAUCAAAUCGAAGCUCUCAAAAACGAAGACGAGCUACUGCUGGUGAUCGAACACACAUCCGACAGUGAUAGCGGAAUAUUCACCAACAAUCAACUGGGUCGCAAAAACACCCUUCCAAAGAAGCCCAACUUUGGAUCCAUGAUCGAAAUAGAUAAGCUUGCCAAAGAACCGACCUAUGAACCGGCCCCAGAAAAUAACACACCAAAGAGAAAAUUCCGCCCGAAACGACGCUACGGUUCACUACGGAACAGAGAGGUUAACCGGCGGAAGCUGGAUUACGACAGCGAUGACGUUACGCCACCCAUAGAUGACUUUGAAAACAUUAAUCUCGAGUUGCGCAAAGGAACUUUCAACCGAACCUCGUUCCGGUUCGAUCUAAUACGCCAGGAAAUCUCCACCAAAAUGGAGGAGAUGCAACAGCUGCUAACCCAAGAGGAUGAACUGCUGCGCCGUCUGAAGCUGAAGAGUGCCAAAUUCCAGGCGGAAAAUCAAAUCUAUCGGUCGCACAUUGGGCUCGACUUUCACGUCGAACGCUUGCAGGAAUCGAUCGACACGUGCGCCAAAGAAAUCAUCGAGAUCGAGCAAGAGCUGCUGCACACAAAAGCGGAAAUAGAGGAAAAAUCGCCCCUCAUCGAUAAUUUGAAGACACUGCUGGAGGCACAGGAGGCCAAACAGUUCCGGGGCUUCUACUCGUCCUACUCGCCCUCGGGAUCCACGGCCGACAGCCUGAACGAGCGGUCCUCGUCGAACGCUUUGGGCGCAACGGCCCUACCCAGUACGGGUGCUUCUUCCAAAACCAGCUUAUCUUCCGACCACAAUUCCAAGGAAACGGAAUUUGUUGACAAUAUUUACGAAUUUUGUGAUAAUAAUCGGAGUUUUGUAGUCUAGGCCUAACAGUGUAACAGAUCACGCGGAGAUUAGCGGUGCGGUUUUAGAAAGAAAAUAGUUAUACUUAUAUCUUUAUGCCUAAGGUUUGCAACGCCGAAUACAAAAUGCUCAAAAAUGUUUACUUAUAUUUAAAAGCAUAUAUUUUACCUGUUGUUCGAUACAUUUUUAUUAUGCAUACUCAAUAAACUGUUUACUUGCAUUAUACAAAACUUACUCUUA